CUCUUUACUCAGCAAACCCAAGCAACCACCACAACAACCAAGAUGUCCACCUCCCCGAGAACCGUGCACGCCUACGCGUCCUUCGGCAAGGGCGAGGAGAUCAAGCCCUGGGAGUACCAGUCCCGUCCGCUCGGCGCCGAGGACGUCGAGAUCAAGAUUUCGCACUGUGGCAUUUGCGGCUCCGACCUGCACACGCUUGACAGCGGUUGGGGGCAGACCGCGUACCCGUGCGUGGUUGGUCACGAGAUUGUCGGUGAAGUGACGCAGGCUGGUCCCGACGUCAAGGGCCUGCAGGUCGGCGACCGCGUGGGCGUCGGUGCGCUGGUGUCAGCAUGCUUGAACAAGGACCCCAAGGCCCCGUGCUCCGUGUGCGCCAACGGCGACGACGCGUACUGCCCACACCGCGUGUGGACGUACAACGACAAGUACAAAAGCGACGGCGCUAUCACGUACGGCGGAUACGCCGACUACGUGCGCGUGCCGCACGAGUUCGCGAUCAAGAUCCCGGACAACAUUCCGUCGGAUGUGGCUGCUCCUUUGAUGUGCGCCGGCACGACGGUGUUCACGCCGUUCAAGGAGGCUGGCAUCAAGAAGGGUGACCGCGUCGGUAUCGUGGGCAUUGGUGGCCUGGGCCACAUUGCCAUCCAGUUUGCCAAGGCGAUGGGCGCCGCCUCCGUGACGGCCUUCUCUCGCUCCAACAACAAGGAGCAGGAGGUGCGCGGCCUGGGCGCCGACGAGUUCGUGGUGUACACGGACGAGAAGCAGGCCAAGGCUGCUGUCGGCUCGGUGGACAUCCUGCUGAUCACGGCUGACGCCAACAACAUGCCGUACAGCACGUUCCUGAGCUUCCUAUCCGUGCGCGGCACGUGUAUCAUGGUGGGUCUGCCGAACGACGACAUCAAGUUCAACGCGUUCCAAGUCGUGGGCAAGGGCGCCAAGUUUGUGGGCAGCAACGUGGGCAGCAUCCAGGACAUGAAGGACACGCUCGAGGUGGCGUCCAAGCACAACGUGCGUCCAGUGAUCCAGAAGCUGCCGAUGGCCAAGGUGAACGAGGGCAUCGACAUGGUGCGCAAGGGCACGGUGCGUUACCGCGUGGUGCUCGAGAACUAGGUAGGUGUAGAGUUUUCCUGCGCACGACAACUGUAAGCUUAGAGGAGGGCGCAUCCGUCCACGUGAUGGAAUCGCUCUCUGCAAUAAAUACAAGUAGCCAUUUUGCUUUAUGAA